AUGUUGGGGUACGACUCACCUGGCCAUCGCACUCUUUCACAAGGGUGGAAAGCUUCAACGUUAUUUCAAAUACACACAGUCACCAUUAUGAGCUCAGAAGUUGAAGGGAACUGGGAUAUCAUAAUUACAUCCUUACAAGACAUAUGUGCAUCCAACGAAAGCUUACCAUUUGAUUCAAUCCACAACAAUGGCAAUGAUGAUGACAAUGAAAAUGAGAAUGACAAAACACAAGGGUACUACAAGAAUUUGUCCCCAGAUGAGUUGUCCAAGUUGAAACAAGAUAUAAUUGAUCAUAAGUCAAACAUAGGCACCGCAAAACGGCUCAUUGAUACAUCAAUGGAAAAUUUAUCUCGAUUGAUUGAAUAUUUACAGAAGGAAGACUUGAAAAGGAAACAACAGCGGGAAAAAGAAAAAGUGCGUGGAGCUAGGACUGCAGCAGCAGCUGCUGCUACUAAGAAAGAGCAAAAUAAAGCUGACGGAGAUGAUAAUGGAGAUGACUACGAAGAUCAACAGGAAGAUGUCGACGAAGGUGAGGAUGAAGGCGAAGACUAUGGCGCGGAAGAAGAUGAAACACCCAUUGCAUCAACCAAGAGACGCAGAGCUUCAUCAUCUUCCUCUAAAGCUGGGACACCGAUGUCCCAGUCCACAUCAACUCAUAGUCGUCGUGGAGCUAGUGAAUCAACAAAACCAACAACCGCAACUGGGAAAGCUACAUCAAAGAAAUCAACUAAAGCCAGCGGGGCUGGUAAGGGCGGUAAGGGCGGCAAGAGCGGCAAUAGUGGAACCACCAGUACCUCUGGUGCUAUAGGCAAGGGCAAGAAGUUGAAAAAAGUCGGUCGCUCUUACUGGACCUCCAAGUAUAACCCAUCUGAACCUAUUUAUCUAGGCAGUGAAGUUGCUUUCAAACUUCGUAACCGAAUCAAUGAGUGGAUCCAAUGUGAAGUCGUCAAGAUUAUUGGUGACGGCGUCAAAUUUGAAAUUAGAGAUCCAGAACCCGACGAAAAUAACAAUCCGGGACACACAUUCCGGGCCAAUUAUAAGGAAAUCUUGUUGAUACCUACAGAGGAAGAAGCUGCCGAUUUGAUCAACUAUGCAUAUGGAACCAAAGUAUUGGCACGGUAUCCUGAUACCACAACUUAUUACUCGGCGAUUGUAGUAGGGCAUAAAAAGGAUGGGACGAUUGUACGAUUGAAGUUUGAUGGCGAAGAAGAGGUGAAUAAGGAGUGUGAAGUUGAAAGAAGAUUUGUGUUGCCACUACCGCUGAAGUGA